ACGUGUAUCUCGCGCGUUCUUCCUUCCUCUUUUCUUUUCCGGCCUGCUCACCGGUGUGCGCGCUCGCGCGGCUGUCGCUAAUCGCGGGCCGAGCCUAUAUAUACUGGUGUUAAUAUCCGCGCGCGUGAAGUUCAGUUCGUCUACUGCAUACUCCGUUUUUUUUUUUUUUUCUGUGAAGUGAACUCUGUCUUCGGCGAAUCCCCGAGGACGACGGACCCACGGAGUGGUGUACAUGUACCCUGGGACCUAAUAGAAAUCACUCACCGUAGAACGUAGGGAAAAUCAACGAAUAUGCUGAUAAGAGAAUUGGCGGCCGUUUGGGUCGCCGUCCUCUUGUGCCAUCAUCUUCAGCUAACGGAGUCUCAGGUUCCUACCACAAACGUCUUCACUUGUUCAAACGGAUGGGAGCUGCGGGGCAUACACUGUUAUAAGUUCUUCAACAUCAGGCAUUCCUGGGAAAAGGCGGCGGAAUUAUGCAGGAGAUACGGGAGCGAGCUGAUGGUGGUGGAGUCGUACAGCGAGAACAACAUGUCGGCGAGCAUGAUCGGCCGGCAUUUGGAUCGUUACUGGCUGGGUCUCGCCUCGCUCGACGAUUUGCGUACCAACACACUCGAAUCCGCCGCGGGAAUGCUCGUCUCGCAAUACGCCGGUUUCUGGGCGUCCAAGCAACCGAAUCCGCACUCGGGCGAGUGCGUGGACGUCGCCUUGACGGAUGACCAGCAAACGUGGGAGCUGACCACGUGCGAGUCGCUUCUUCCUUUCAUGUGCCGCGCCGACGCCUGUCCUUCCGGUUCGUUCCACUGCUCGAACGGCAAGUGCAUUAACGCGGCGUUCAAAUGCGACAAGCAGGACGACUGCGGCGAUUAUUCCGACGAAUUGGACUGCCCGGCUAAUUGCCAGUAUUACAUGGCGAGCAGCGGCGACGUCGUGGAGAGCCCGAAUUAUCCGCACAAAUAUGCACCCCUCAGCAACUGCAAGUGGACGCUGGAGGGCCCUCAAGGACACAACAUUCUCCUGCAGUUCCAAGAAUUCGAGACCGAGAAGAGCUUCGACAUAGUGCAGAUCCUCGUGGGCGGUAGAACCGAGGAGAAGUCCGUGAAUCUCGCGACCCUGUCCGGCAAGCAGGACCUCAGCAACAAGCUCUUCGUCUCGGCCUCGAACUUUAUGAUCAUCAAAUUCAGCUCCGACGCCUCGGUGGAGAGAAAGGGCUUCCGCGCCUCGUGGAAGACCGAGCCGCAGACCUGCGGCGGGAUCCUCAGGGCGACGCCGCAGGGACAGGUGCUCAUGUCCCCGGGAUAUCCGCAAAAUUAUCCCGGAGGAUUGGAGUGUCUGUACAUCCUGCAGGCUCAGCCGGGACGCAUAAUGUCUCUGGAAAUCGAGGACUUGGAUCUCGAAAUGAAUCGGGAUUACAUUCUCGUGAGGGACGGGGAUUCGCCUAUGAGCCGACCGAUCGCGCGUCUCACCGGGAAAUCGGAGGACAAUCCGACCGUGAUCAUGUCCACCGGCAGCAAUUUGUACCUGUACUUCAAGACGAGCCUCGGCGAUUCCAAGCGUGGCUUCAGCAUACGCUUCACGCAGGGCUGCAAGGCCACGAUCAUCGCGAGAAACGGCACGGUCCAGUCGCCGUCCUACGGCCUCAACGACUAUCCCAACAAUCAGGAAUGUUUGUACAAGAUAAAAAAUCCGGAUCGGGGGCCGCUGUCGCUGAAAUUCAGCAGUUUCAACGUUCACAAAACCGACUACGUGCAGAUAUACGACGGCUCCAAUACGAACGGUCUGCGCUUGCAUUCCGGAAGCGGUUUCACCUCUAACACCCGGCCUAAGAUCACGCUCACCGCGGAGAGCGGAGAAAUGCUCGUCAGGUUCGCCUCCGACGCUCUGCACAGCAACGCCGGCUGGCAGGCUGAGUUUUCCGCCGAUUGUCCCCCGCUGCAACCCGGCGAGGGAGCUCUAGCGUCGAGCCGGGACACAGCUUUCGGCACUGUAGUUACGUUCUCCUGCCCGCUGGGGCAAGAGUUCGCCACGGGCAAAUCGAGAAUUUCCACAGAGUGUCUCCCCGGUGGGAAUUGGUCUGUUACGUAUAUACCCAAAUGCCAAGAGGUGUACUGCGGCCCGGUACCUCAGAUCGAUAACGGCUUCUCGAUUGGCUCUUCGAACGUGACUUACCGAGGACUGGCGACCUACCAGUGUUACGCGGGUUUCGCGUUUCCCUCCGGAAGACCCACGGAAAAGGUUUCUUGCUUGGCCGACGGAAGAUGGGAAAAGAAGCCGUCCUGCUUAGCAUCUCAGUGCGCUCCGCUGCCAGAGGCACCUCACUCUAACAUAACUAUCUUGAACGGAGGCGGCCGGAGCUACGGCACGAUUGUCAGAUUCGAGUGCGAGCCCGGCUACGUUCGAAGCGGACACCCCGUCAUUCUUUGCAUGAGCAACGGUACCUGGUCCGACGAAGUGCCGACAUGUUCGCGUGCUAAAUGUCCGCAGCUACCUACGAUUAAAAAUGGAUUCGUUGUUGAUAUCGGCAGGGAUUACUUCUUCGGCGAUGAAGUCAGGGUGCAGUGCAACAGAGGCUACAAACUAACUGGAUCGAAUAUCAUACAGUGCGGUCCUUAUCAACGAUUUGAUAACGUGCCCACUUGCGAAGAUAUAAACGAAUGCACAUCGAGCCAAUGCGACCUGGCGUCCACGGAGUGCAUAAACAAUCCCGGUGCAUUUACUUGUAAAUGCAAAUCCGGCUUUGCACCGACCAUGGAGUGUCGGCCUAUCGGAGAUCUUGGUUUAAUCAACGGCGGCAUUCCCGACGAGUCGAUCACCGUUUCAAGCUCGGAAAAUGGAUAUACAAAAACUGGUAUUCGUUUGAACAACGGCGAUGGAUGGUGCGGCAACAACAUCGAGCCGGGCGCGAACUGGGCGACGGUCGACAUGAAGGCGCCGACGAUCAUUCGCGGCUUCCGCACGCAGGUCGUCGCCAGGAUCGACGGGAACAUCGCGUACGCGUCGGCCGUGCGGAUUCAGUACACGAACGAUCUGACGGACGUCUUCAAGGAUUACACCAAUCCGGACGGCACGCCGGUGGAGUUCAGGAUCCUGGAGGCGACGCUCUCCAUCCUGAAUCUACCUGUGCCAAUCGAGGCGCGCUACUUGCGAUUCAAAAUACAGGAUUACAUCGGCGCGCCGUGCAUGAAGCUCGAGAUAAUGGGCUGCACCAGACUGGAGUGCUCGGACAUUAACGAGUGCGUUGUCAGGAACGGCGGCUGCCAACAAAAGUGCAUCAACAGCCCCGGCAGCUAUUCCUGCAUGUGCAACACGGGCUUCGAAUUGUACAAGGGCAACGGCACGGCCGGAUUUGACUUGGCCAAGUCGGAGACUGGCGAGAGGGAUGGCGAUUUUUAUCAGAGAAACAAAACGUGCGUGCCGGUGAUGUGCCCGCCGUUGACGGCACCGGAGAACGGAAAAUUAUUGUCGACCAAGGAGCAGCAUCACUUUGGCGAUCUCGUCAGAUUUCAGUGCAAUUUUGGCUACGUCUUAUCUGGAUCUUCGGCUGUAAUUUGCACCUCUGCCGGAGUUUGGAAUGGAACUAUUCCCGAAUGUCAAUACGCGAAAUGUGUGUCGCUGCCGGACGAUAAGAACGAGGGUCUCACCGUGAUCCGAAGCGACGAGGCGAGCGUGCUGGUGCCCUUCAAGCAGAACGUGACCAUGAAAUGCGGCAGCAACGGCCGCUACCUGCGCAACACCGCGACGUCCGGUUUCCGGCAGUGCGUGUACGAUCCCAAGCCCGGCUUGCCCGACUACUGGCUGUCCGGCUUGCAGCCGGCCUGCCCGCGCGUGGAAUGCGGCAAGCCGCUUCCCACGCCCGGCGCCGAGUACGGCCAAUACUUGGACACCAAGUACCAAUCCUCCUUCUUCUUCGGCUGCCAGGACACCUUCAAGCUGGCCGGUCAGACCAACCGCAACGACAACGUCGUGCGCUGUCAGGCCAACGGCGUCUGGGACUUCGGCAACCUGCGGUGCGAGGGUCCGGUCUGCGAGGAUCCCGGCAGGCCGAGCGACGGCUACCAAGUGGCGCGCAGCUACGAGCAGGGCUCGGAGGUGCAGUUCGGCUGCAACCGACCCGGCUACAUCCUCAUCAGCCCGCGGCCGAUCGUCUGCAUACGCGAGCCCGAGUGCAAGGUCAUCAGACCCCUCGGUCUGGCCUCCGGACGUAUCCCGGACUCGGCGAUAAACGCCACGUCCGAGCGGCCGAACUACGAGGCCAGGAACGUCCGGUUGAACUCGGUGACCGGCUGGUGCGGCAAGCAGGAGGCCUUCACCUACGUGAGCGUCGAUCUCGGUCGCGUAUACCGGGUGAAGGCGAUCCUCGUGAAGGGCGUGAUCACGAACGACAUCGUCGGCCGGCCCACGGAGAUACGUUUCUUCUACAAGCAGGCGGAGAACGAGAAUUACGUCGUCUACUUCCCGAAUUUCAAUCUGACCAUGCGCGACCCCGGGAAUUACGGCGAGCUGGCGAUGAUCACCCUGCCCAAGUACGUGCAGGCCCGUUUCGUCAUCCUCGGUAUCGUCAGCUACAUGGACAACGCGUGUCUGAAGUUCGAGCUGAUGGGCUGCGAGGAGCCGGUGACCGAGCCGUUGCUGGGCUACGACUACGGAUUCUCGCCAUGCGUGGACAACGAGGCGCCGGUCUUCCAGAACUGCCCGCAGCAACCGAUUGUCGUGCAGAAGGGCGCGAACGGGGAGUUGCUGCCGGUGAACUUCACCGUGCCGACCGCCGUCGACAACAGCGGCAGUAUCGCCCGUGUGGAAGUGAAGCCUCAGAGCUUCAAAACGCCCAUUCGAAUCUUCGAGGACACGUUCGUGAAAUACAUAGCCUUCGAUUACGACGGCAACGUAGCCAUCUGCGAGAUCAACAUCACUGUUCCGGAUAUAACUCCGCCGAAGCUGAGCUGUCCCCAGAGCUACGUAAUCGAGCUGAUCGACCGACAGGAGAGCUACUCCAUCAAUUUCAACGAGACACGGAAACGCAUCAACGCCACGGACGCUUCCGGUCCUGUGAAGAUCACGUUCGUACCGGAACGCGCGAUCAUUCGAAUCGGCGACUUUGAAAACGUCACGGUGUACGCAACGGACUCCAGCGGCAACAGAGCGACUUGUCACUUCCAAGUUUCCGUCCAGGCGACACCAUGCGUCGAUUGGGAACUGAAACCGCCGGCUAAUGGCGGUCUAAAGUGCGUCCCCGGAGACAAGGGUAUGCAGUGCAUAGCGACAUGCAAGGCUGGGUACAGAUUCACCGACGGCUCGCCCGUAAAGACAUUCGGGUGUGACGUCAACAAACGGUGGAUGCCCUCGUCGGUGGUGCCAGACUGUGUUUCCGAAAACACACAACAGGCGGAUUACCAUGUAAUUGCCUCGGUAACUUAUCGUGCGAAUGGCGCCGUUUCUCGAUCCUGCCUGCCGAUGUACCAGGACCUCAUGUCUCAGCAUUACACGAAUCUUAACAGUAUCUUGACUCAACGUUGCUCCGCCAUCAACGUGAAUAUGAACGUGUCUUUCGUCAAAUCGAUACCUUUACUGAUUGAAGAGAAUGUUCUCAAGAUGGACUUUAUUUUGGUGAUCGUUCCGGCGCAACGUCAACCGCAAUUGUACGACUUUUGUGGAUCCACGUUGAAUCUGAUCUUCGAUUUAUCGGUCCCUUACGCGAGCGCAGUUAUCGAGCCUCUGUUGAACGUUUCCGCGAUUGGCAAUCAGUGCCCGCCUCUCCGUGCUCUCAAGUCGUCUAUCAGCAGGGGCUUCACGUGUAGCAUCGGCGAAGUGUUGAACAUGGACACCAACGACGUUCCCCGUUGCCUGCAUUGUCCCGCCGGAACCUUCGCCGGGGAGAAGCAGAAGCAGUGCACGGCCUGCCCGAAGGGCUUAUACCAGAACAGCGACCGUCAAGGCGCCUGCCUGCGUUGCCCGUUCGGCACGUACACGAAGGAGGAGGGCUCGAAGAGCAUAGACGACUGCAUACCGGUCUGCGGCUACGGCACGUACUCGCCCACCGGUCUCGUGCCCUGCCUCGAGUGCCCCAGGAACAGCUACACCGGCGAGCCGCCGGUCGGCGGCUACAAGGACUGCCAGACCUGUCCGGCCGGAACCUUCACCUACCAGCCGGCCGCGCCCGGUCGCGAUCGCUGCCGCGCCAAAUGCUCGCCGGGCAUGUACUCGGACACGGGGCUCGCGCCCUGCGCCCAGUGCCCCAAGAACUUCUUCCAGCCGCAGCACGGCGCGACCACGUGCGUCGAGUGUCCCACGAACAUGUACACGGACGGGACCGGCUCGGUCGGCCGCGAGGAGUGCAAGCCCGUCCAGUGCACCGACAGCGUGUGCCAGCACGGCGGUCUAUGCGUGCCGAUGGGACACGGCGUACACUGCUACUGUCCGGCCGGCUUCUCCGGCAGACGCUGCGAGAUCGACAUCGACGAGUGCGCGUCUCAGCCGUGCUACAACGGUGCCACUUGCAUCGAUCUGCCGCAGGGCUACAGGUGCCAGUGCGCCAACAGCUACUCCGGCGUCAAUUGCCAGGAGGAGAAGUCGGACUGUUCGAACGACACGUGCCCGGAGAGAGCCAUGUGCAAGGACGAGCCUGGGUUCAACAAUUAUACGUGCCUCUGCCGAUCCGGAUACACCGGAGUCGAUUGCGACAUUACCAUAAAUCCUUGCACGGCCAGCGGAAAUCCUUGCAGCAACGGCGCGACCUGCGUGGCCCUUCAACAAGGCCGCUACAAGUGCGACUGUAUGCCAGGGUGGGAAGGUCAGAGCUGCGAGAUCAACACCAACGACUGCGCCGAGCGACCUUGCCUGCUCGGCGCCAACUGCACCGACCUGAUCGACGACUUCUCCUGCGACUGCCCGCCCGGCUUCACCGGCAAGCGCUGCCACGAGAAGAUCGACCUCUGCUCGGGCAAUCCCUGCCUGAACGGGAUCUGCGUGGACAAGCUCUUCAGCAGCGAGUGCAUCUGCCAUCCGGGAUGGACCGGUCCGGCCUGCGAGACGAACAUCAACGAGUGUACGGGCAGGCCGUGCCGCAACAACGGCCAGUGCAUCGACCAAAUCGACGACUACACCUGCACCUGCGAGCCCGGUUACACGGGCAAGCAGUGCCAGCACACGAUCGACGACUGCGCUUCCGAUCCCUGUCAGAAUGGGGCCACGUGCGUGGACCAGCUGCAGGGUUUCGUCUGCCGGUGCAGGCCCGGCUUCGUCGGGCUGCAAUGCGAGGCGGAGAUCGACGAGUGCCAGAGCGACCCCUGCAACCCGGUCGGCACCGAUCGCUGCGUCGAUCUCGACAACACCUUCGUCUGCCACUGCCGCGACGGCUACACCGGGCCGUCCUGCGAGACCAACGUGGACGACUGCGCGUCCGAUCCGUGCCUGAACGGCGCGACGUGCAGAGACGAAGUCGGCGGCUUCAAGUGCGUGUGCCCGGAGGGAUGGAGCGGGACGCACUGCCAGACGGACGUCGGCAUGUGCCAGAACCGACCGUGCCAGAACGACGCCACCUGCGUAGAUCUGUUCAUGGACUACUUCUGCGUCUGCCCGUCCGGCACUGACGGCAAGCAAUGCGAAACGGCGCCGGAGCGCUGCAUAGGAAAUCCGUGCAUGCACCACGGCAGCUGUCAAGAUUAUGGUUCCGGCUUGAAUUGCACUUGCCCUAACGAUUACAUCGGCAUCGGCUGUCAAUACGAAUAUGACGCUUGUCAAGCCGGUGCUUGCAAAAACGGGGCCACUUGCAUUGACGAGGGUCCUGGAUUUACCUGCAUAUGCCCUCCAGGAUAUACCGGCAAAACUUGCGAGGAAGAUAUAAUCGACUGCAAAGAGAAUUCUUGCCCACCCUCGGCAACCUGUAUCGAUCUCACGGGCAAAUUCUUCUGCCAGUGUCCGUUCAAUUUAACUGGCGACGAUUGCAGAAAAUCUAUCCAAGUGGACUACGACUUGUACUUCAGCGAUCCUGGACGCAGCAGCGCCUCGCAGGUCAUUCCAUUCUUCACCGGAUCCACAAAGAGCCUAACUGUCGCUAUGUGGGUGCAGUUUACGCAGAAAGACGAAGCCGGAAUUUUCUUUACUCUUUAUGCUGUCAGCUCGCCGCACGUGCCCACGAACCGAAGACUUAUGAUCCAGGCGCACAGUAACGGUGUCCAGGUGUCCCUCUUCCACGAUCUGCAAGACGUCUACCUGCCAUUCAGAGAGUACGCGACCAUAAACGACGGACAAUGGCAUCACGUCGCUGUUGUGUGGAACGGCGAGAACGGCGGGGAGCUCAUUUUAAUCACAGAAGGCCUCAUCGCCAGCAAGACUGAGGGCUACGGUAGCGGCAGAUCGCUCCCGGCAUACGCAUGGGCGGUGCUGGGAAAACCGCAGAGCCAGAAUACAAAGGGCUACACGGAAUCGGGCUUCCAAGGUCACCUGACCAAGGUCCAGGUCUGGGGCCGUGCGUUGCACGUGACGAACGAGAUUCAGAAGCAGGUCCGCGACUGCCGCACGGAGCCGGUACUCUAUCAGGGCCUGGUGCUGACGUGGACGGGAUACGACGAGACCGCGGGCGGCGUCGAGAGGGUCGUGCCGUCGCACUGCGGCCAGCGAGUCUGUCAGCCCGGUUACGGCGGCAACAAGUGCCAGCAGCUCGAGGUCGACAAGAUCCCACCCGCGGUGGAGCACUGCCCGGGCGAUCUCUGGGUGAUCGCGAAGAACGGAUCGUCGAUCGUCACCUGGGACGAGCCGCGCUUCAGCGACAACGUCGGCGUCAUCAGGAAGCAGGAGAAGAACGGACACCGACCCGGGCAGACUCUGCUGUGGGGCACCUACGACAUCAGCUACGUGGCUUACGAUCACGCUGGAAACUCGGCUACUUGCAACUUCAAAGUUUACGUUUUGUCCGACUUUUGCCCGAUACUGGACGACCCUGUCGGCGGCACGCAGCAAUGCAAAGACUGGGGUUCGGGAGGCCAGUUCAAGGUCUGCGAGAUUUCCUGCAACUCCGGGCUCCGGUUCUCGCAGGAGGUCCCCAAAUUCUACACGUGCGGCGCGGAAGGUUUCUGGAGGCCUACCAGCGAUCCCAGUCUACCUCUGGUGUAUCCAGCUUGUACGAGCGCUUCGUCAGCCCAAAGGGUCUUCAGGAUCAAGAUGAACUUCCCCACAUCGGUGCUCUGCAACGAGGCCGGCCAGGGUGUGCUCAAACAGAAGGUCCGAAAUGCCGUCAACUCCUUGAACAGAGACUGGAACUUCUGUUCGUACGCUUACGAAGGAACUCGCGAGUGCAAGGAUCUUGAUAUCGACGUGCAGUGCGAUCAUCGCAUACGCGCAACGAGAGAGACGAGCGAGGAGGACGGUGGGACGUACGUCGUUUCCGCCGUUGUGCCCGCGGAACCCGAUCCGAUCCUGAACGCUAACUCGAACGAGCGCUCUACCGUGCAAAUGCUGCUCGAAAGGCUCAUCCUCGAGGAGGACCAAUUCGACGUUCAUGAUAUUCUGCCUAACACCGUGCCAGAUCCCGCGUCUCUCGUCCUUGAAUCCGAUUACGCCUGCCCGAUUGGCCAAGUUGUUAUGGCACCGGAUUGUGUACCGUGCGCGGUGGGCACUUUCUACGACGAGGAGACGAGGCAAUGCGUGUCCUGUCCCGUGGGCACUUACCAGAGCGAGUCCGGGCAAUUGAGGUGCAGCUCCUGCCCGGUGAUCGCCGGCCGUCCCAGCGUGACCGUGGGUCCCGGAGCGCGUAGCGCGGCGGACUGCAAGGAGCGCUGUCCCGCCGGCAAGUAUUACGACGACCUGGCCGGUCUCUGCCGCAACUGCGGCCAUGGAUUUUACCAGCCGAACGAGGGCAGCUUCUCCUGCCAGCUGUGCGGCCUCGGGAAGACCACGCGAACGGCCGAGGCGGUGUCGCGGGAGGAGUGCCGGGACGAGUGCGGAUCCGGGCAGCAGUUGGCCGUCGAAGGGAAAUGCGAGCCCUGUCCACGUGGCACGUACCGUACCCAAGGGGUGCAGGCGUCCUGCCAGCUCUGCCCGCUCGGCAGAACGACCCCGAGCAUGGGAUCGGCGGCGGUCGAGGAGUGCUCGCUUCCGGUCUGCGAACCCGGCACCUUCCUCAACGGCACGCUCAACGAGUGCGUGGAGUGUAAGAAGGGAACCUACCAAUCGGAGCCGCAGCAAACCUUCUGCAUCCCGUGCCCGCCGAACACCAGCACCAAAGGAGCUGCUGCUACAAGCAAGGCGGACUGCACGAAUCCCUGCGAGACCAGCGGCGAGGAGAUGCACUGCGACGCAAACGCGUACUGCCUGCUUAUACCCGAGACGAGCGAUUUCAAGUGCGAGUGUAAGCCCGGUUACAACGGCACCGGGACCGUGUGCACGGACGUGUGUCUGGGCUUCUGCGACAACGAGGGCGUCUGCCUGAAGGACUCGCGCGGACAGCCGUCGUGCAGAUGCAGCGGCAGCUUCACGGGCAAGCAUUGCACGGAGAAGUCCGAGUUCUUCUACAUCACCGGCGGCAUAGCGGGCGGUGUUAUCUUGAUUAUUAUCGUCGUGCUGCUCGUCUGGAUGAUUUGCGUCAGAGCCUCCAGAAAGAAGGAGCCGAAGAAGAUGCUGACUCCGGCGACUGACCAAAACGGCUCCCAAGUAAACUUCUAUUACGGCGCGCCAACACCGUACGCCGAGUCGAUAGCGCCGUCGCAUCACAGCACGUACGCUCAUUAUUACGACGACGAGGAGGACGGCUGGGAGAUGCCCAAUUUCUAUAACGAGACUUACAUGAAAGAGAGCCUGCACAACGGGGGCAAGAUGAACAGUCUUGCCCGAUCGAACGCCAGUAUUUACGGCACAAAAGACGAUCUUUACGACAGACUGAAGCGUCACGCGUAUACCGGUAAAAAAGAUAAGAGCGACAGCGACAGCGAAGGCCAGUGACCGGGUAGAACAAUGAACUUUCACGCCAACACGUAGAGAAAAGUACGAAAAAAAAAGAGCGGGAGAUAUCAGAGUGUAAUCAGACGGGACGACGACGGGUGUGUGUCUCAUCCUUCGUGCGACGUCGUGUCGUCGUUGCUCCUACCGACCCGAUCGACGGAUCUUGUGUUAUUUAUUGCAUUUACCAUUCUCUCUGUAUACGUUACGUCGCGCGAGAUCCGCGAGAUCGUAUCCGACCGCGUGACCGGAUGUGAGGGGGGAGAGAGAGAGAGAGAGAGAGAAAGAGUACGAAAGAGAGAGAGAGAGAGAGAGAGAGAGAGACCCGGUCGCGGAAUCGCGAGAUCUCGCGUCGCGACGCACAAGAGAUGCGCUUCGAUCGACGCAACUGGCGAGCGACGCAAGAGUCCUGGAACGACGAUCGGCGAGACCCGGUCGGCACAUCCGAUCGUCGCUUCGGCACGCUUCGGUCCCGGUGGCGCGCGGCGGAGAGCCGCGCAAUUGAGAGCGAAAAAGAAAGGACAAAGAGAAAAAGGAAAACGUGACCCGCGUCCGUCCUUCGGAGUGAAAUUCGACGCGCGUUCGAUAAUUAAAAAAAAAAGACUCACGCGCGAGGUUGUAAUUUUUUAUUUUUUUUUUUGUAAUUUAA